AUGGCUAUAUGAACAUCUGCUCAAAAACAUUCUCUCUGAAUACUUCUGAGGAAGAACUUAAUAAUACUAUGGAAAUCUAAGAGACUUCUUCUAUUUUUCUUUCUUGCACCUAUACUUGCUUGUGGGUUCUUAGUCUACAUCCAAAUGGUAAUGAACAAGCUUAUAAAACAUGAGGAGCCAGAGCCUGGAGUUAUUGGAUCCUACAAACUUCCAAGAUGACAGCCAGAAGAAGACUGAAUAACUGUUGGAUUCAGCAUAGUUGAUCCUACUCUUGAAGAAGAUGAGCAUAACUGUAUUCCCUCAUUUUAUGAAGGGAAUCUAAGAAAUGUAUGAAUUAUGCCUCAUAUUUCCUUUGAGGAAUAUAUCAGGACACAUCAAACUGCACAGUGGGUCAAUCAUACACUUCAUUAUGUGGCUCAAACAAAUGGGUUGAAAUUUGGGACUGAUAUCCAGCAGAUAACCAUUGGUAGAUCUUCCAGGAUUAAGGAUUACUUCUUGAAUAACUGAAACAAAACUAGUUUUGGCAUAGCAUUUUGUAUGACGUAUUGGGACAGUAAAUAUGUCAAUAUUCCUUGUCACUACGGAGAUGCAAGUAAUUCUGAUAGAGAAAUGAUGUUCUACUCAUUAAUAUUUAACUCUACCCUUGCCAGUGAGAGCUUAGUUGAAAACUCCACUGAUACAAUGAUGCAUGAUAAGGACCUACUGAGGUUGAAGCAAAGUGUGGAUAAUGGGAUUCUGGACUAUUUGUCUAACAAAAAUGGCCAAGAGGCAUCUCCACGGAUAAAUAUUUCUUCAAGUCAUUACCCAACACCUGUAGAUAGGUUUAUUGAAGGCCUAAAUGUUACUGCAUUUAUGGGGUCAUAUUGGUUCAAUCUUCCUUGCAUCAUCAGCUUCCUAGCAAUAGUUAUUUUAGUAAUCAAUGAGAAAGAGCAUAAACUGAGACAAGGUUUGAACGUAAUUGGUGUUUCUCAUAAGCUAUAUUGGGCUCAUUGGGUGAUUACUGGAAUGGGCCUGUCAUUGAUAAAUACCCUCACUCUUAUCAUAUCAGGAAUUGCUUUCAGAGUGGAGUUUUUCUAUAACACUAACUUUAUGAUUUUAUUCAUAAUGUUAUUCAUAUAUAAUCAAUGAUUGUGCUUCACUGGAUUCACUCUGUGUACCUUGGCUCCGUCAAAAAUAGUAGCUUAUACCUUAUGUUAUUCGAUAAUUCUUGCAGCAUUGUUGAUACAGUUUGCUUUCUCAUUUGAUUCUAUUGUUCUGGUGCUGUUCUUCGCAGAAGGGACUUCUAUUAUUGUAAAAAUAAUAAGAACAAUCUUAUUUUUGGUCUAUCCUCCAUUCACUUAUGGCAUCCUAUUCAUGCAGAUUAUGAGAGUUGCUACUAUGCAUUUUAAUAGUAAUUAUCAAAGUUUUGUCCCAGGAAAAUUUUUCUCUUGGGGAGAUUUGUUAUUUGAAGAGCAAGAUGCGAUUGUCACAGGGCUCAAGUAUCAUGUUAUCAGCCCUCUUGCCUCUUUUGGGUUCCUCCUUUUCAAUUUGGUGCUUUAUAUGACUCUGACUUGGUACUUUGAUCACGUGGUUACUAGUAACAGAGGGGUCAUUUAUUCCAAACUCUUCUGAUGCCGAAAAAGUUAUUGGAAGAAACUGUGCAAAAAUAACAAAGAUGACUUCUACAGAAGAUACUCUACAGAUGAUGAUAGCAGUGAAAUUGAAAUCCGAAAGGAGACUUCUUCUAACCAAGUCGCUAUUGAUAUCAAAGGGCUCACAAAGACUUAUAAAUAUUGUGUUUGCUCAAGAAAUUUUAGGAGAGUCUGUUCAGCUGUUAAGCCUACUACUCUCCAAAUUUUUGAAAAGGAACUGUUCUGUAUUCUUGGCCAUAAUGGGGCAGGGAAGUCUACGCUUAUAAACAUGCUUAUAGGUAUUCUCCCUCCUACUAGUAACACAGCAACACUACUGGGACUUGAUAUCCUUGAAGAUAUCGAAGAUGCUCGAAGAUAUUUAGGAGUUGUUCCCCAAUUUGAUAUCCUUUGGGAAAAUCUGACUGUAAACCAAAACAUGGAGAUCUACUGCGGCCUCAAAAAUGUGGACCCAAAGGUCACAAUCCCAGAAAAGCUUGUUGCAGUGAAUCUCUCUGACUGAAGGACUCUCUUGGUAAAGCAGAUGUCCGGAGGUAUGAAAAGAAGACUUUCUCUUGCAAUGAGCCUAAUCGGGAAUCCUAAAAUUAUUUUCAUGGAUGAGCCGACUUCAGGAAUGGACCCAGUGAUUAGAAAGCAAGUCUGGGAAGUCAUCAGGGAAAUUAAGAAAAACUGUACGAUUGUACUAACCACACACUCAAUGGAAGAAGCUGAAGUCCUGAGCGAUAGAGUUGGCAUCAUGGUCAGUGGGAAAUUUGAAGCAGUUGACACUUCUUUGGGUCUUAAGAAACGGUACAAUGAAGGAUAUAAACUUAAUUUGAUAGUUCAGAGAAAGAAUAGCGAAGAAGUAGUGGAGCUUAUUCAGGAUAUUAUACCUGAUUGACUGCUUCUAAGUCAAAAAGGAGAGUGUUUGAUAUUUACUUUGAAACAAGAAGAAUUAACUGAAGUGGUAAAUGAUCUGGAUAGAAGAGAGUUUGUUUCCCUGAUGCAAAAGGAUAGGAUUUCUUUAGAAUACCACAACAAAAAGAUAGAGAGGUUAAGCAGGUUAAUAACUCAAUUUGCUAUCUCUCAGUCAACUUUAGAAGAGGUCUUCACAAUUAUCAACAAACCUCUUAAGCCAAAGAUACAAGCUCAAGACACUACAUUCACCACAAUAGAUGACAAUAAGUAUUAAAACAUUCAAUUUUGCUCCUUCCUCAAACCACACCUAAAGUUCCUAACCUUCAAAAUUCACCUGAAACCCCACCCUAGGUCCACCUGGCGAUUCUAUUUACUCUAAAAUCCUU